AUGGCAAACACGCAGCUGUACUCCGGUGACGACUACAGUCGAUACGGCGGCGCAACCUCGCAAUUCCCCAAGUUCAAGUUACCUCCGCAGUAUACUGCCCAACUUUCGCCGAAUCCGGACUAUCCCUACACCCCGGUCAACACCAGACACCCUACAAUCACUCCAACAUCUGCAGCCGGUGGUACCGGUGGUGCGUUGCCCUGGUACGAACCCCGUGGAUGGUCACUGCGAACGAAGUUGAUUGUUGGCGGUGUUACUGUGGUCGUUAUCGUGGGUGUUAUUGUGGGAGCAGUGGUGGGGACGAAGAGGAAUCGGUACCCGGACUAUACGUCGUUGAACUAUAGGCUGGUGGAUGAUUACUCGGGAUCGAGCUUCUUUGACAAGUUUGAUUACUUCUCGGCGCAGGAUCCGACGGAUGGGUUCGUGCAAUAUGUGGAUCAGACGACGGCGCUGAAUCUCAAUUUGACGUAUGCCACGGACGAGUCGGUUGUUGUCAAGGUGGAUACCUCGAACACCUACGCGGCAUCUGGACGUCAGUCUGUGCGGAUCGAGUCAAAGGCUCACUACAACGAUGGGCUGUUUGUCUUCGACAUCACCCAUACGCCCUACGGGUGUGGUCUAUGGCCGGCGCUUUGGCUGACGGACGGGUAUAAUUGGCCCACGAAUGGUGAGAUCGACGUCGUCGAGACCAACAACCUGGCUACAGAGGGGAAUGCUGUAACGUUGCACAGUACCGCUGGGUGUAACAUGAAAGUCAAGCGGAAGCAGACUGGAAAGCCCAACUAUGUGACUUGCGAUAAUAGCACGCAUGGUAAUGCUGGAUGUGGAGUUCAGGCUGAGCCACAGUCCUACGGCGAGUGGUUGAACGCUCUUGGUGGAGGGGUGUACACCUUGGAGAUGCGAAAUGCAGGUAUCCGGGCCUGGUUCUUCCCGCGGGACGGUAUCCCCGACGACAUCUCCAACAGCACUCCGGAUCCCGCUACAUGGGGCACGGCAUUGGCCGACUUUCCCAGCACAAACUGCGACAUCCCUUCGCAUUUCACCAACCAAAGUAUCAUUGUUAAUAUCGAUCUAUGCGGUCAGCUCGGCGCCCAGCCGCAGUUUUACACAGAGCAAUAUCACUGCCCGGGAACCUGCGAGAAUUUUGUGGCCCACAACGCGGCUAACUUCACCCAAGCGUAUUGGGAGUUUAAGAGCUUCAAGGUCUAUCAGGCGCAGUGA